AUGAAGAGAAGAGGUUUUGUAAGAUCACCUGCGGAAAAUCGUUUAAUCGAUCAAAAGGAAAUUACAUCGAUGACAGAGUUCAGAUUACCUCUAUCGAAACAAAGGGAAAACAUUUCAGUUGCUAUUCCAUUUAAUCAAUUACGCAGAUCCAUUCAACUGAAAAACACAAAGACACCUUUAAAAUCCCAGAAUGUCAAUAUUUCCACUGUUAUGAGUGCGAUUGCUUUAAAGAAGAAUAACUGUCGUAAAACCCAGAUCGCCCACAAAACAUCAAGCAUUACUAGUAUUGUUAAACAAGUGAAUGAGCGUAAUCGAUAUAACCAAUCAAAAAUUAUAAAAAAAUCAACAUUGAACGAUAUUCUGGCUGAUUCUAAGAUUAAGGAGACAGACACUACAUUAAAAUAUUCAUCAAUAUCAUACAAUGAUUAUAUCAAGAAACCCCCAAUCAAAGAAUCCCCGGAAUUGUACCAGCAUAGUAUGUUAUCCACGCUACAGGUAUCACUAUGGCAAUUUCAUUCCAAACUAAAAUUGUUGGAUGUUCAUGAUAAAUCAAAAUACGAUGCAUUACUAAGCAUUCAUAAUAUAAAAGCACUAUCUUCGAAUGAAACUAUGGUUAUAACACCACAUGAAAAAUAUAACCUUAUUUUGCAUAAUACAAGGAAAGACCAAAAUAUUCCCAAAUCAGAGAGAAUUCAAAAUUAUAAAUUGGCUGUCAAUUCAAAAGCUACGAUAAAAUUAAGCGAUACCCUUAGAUGGUGUCUACAAUGGAAGUUCAUUCCAUUGAACGCAUAA